GCAAUCAGUACAGUGAUGAAACGUCAUUGUGGUUGUUCACUUUUGCUUUUUAAUACAGCUCUUCGGUGAAUCAGCUUGCAGUUGAUAGACUGUUAGGGCUGUGUCUUUUUAAACGCCGAAGAAUGGCGACCGUUAAUAAGGAUGACAGAUUAACAAGUUCUCAAAGUUUUCUAUGUGUCGGGUUUGCAGGAAUUUUUAGCAAAACCGUUACAUCACCUCUUGAGGUGGUGAAAAUUUUGAGCCAAGUGGGGACUUUUCACUGCAAAUGUGGCUUUAUGCGCAGUUUUCUACUUAUUUAUCAGCGUGAAGGUCUGCGGGCGUUUUGGAAAGGAAAUUCGGUUUCCUGUCUGCGCUUGUUCCCAUACAGUGCCAUACAUCUGGGAACCUACAAAACGAUCAUCCACCUCUAUAUGGAUGAGCUUGGUCGUAUUUCCCAGUGGAAGGCCAUAGUGACUGGAGGUCUAGCAGGUAUAUCUGCUGCUCUGCUUACAUAUCCCUUAGAGGUGGCUGAAACCAGAUUGAUUGCCCAGAACUGCAGAGAAUCCACAUAUCGGGGUGUGGUGCACACUCUUUCCAGUAUAAACCGACAUGAGGGGUUCCUAGCUCUCUACCGUGGCUUUUCUCUCACUAUAUUAGGUGCAGUUCCCUUCUCGAUUGGCUGCUAUGUAGUUUUUAUUAACUUGGAUAAGCUGUGGCAGGAGCACCACUUCCGUUUCACAUCUUUGCAGAAUUUUAUCAAUGGCUGUCUUGCUGCAGGAGUGGCUCAGACUCUCUCUUUCCCUUUUGAGACCAUUAAAAGGAAGAUGCAGGCUCAGAGUCCUCUUCUGCCACACUGUGGAGGAGUCGACGUCCAUUUUACCGGGAUGAUAGACUGCUUCAAGCAGGUCAUCAAAACCAAGGGUGUCUUGUCCCUGUGGAGUGGCAUUACAGCCAACAUGCUCAAGAUCAUCCCUUACUAUGGCCUGCUCUUCAGCUGCUUUGAGAUGUGUAAGCAAUUCUGUCUUUACCAAAACGGCUACACCGAGUCUCCAUUAAGCUACAAGCUCAAACCAGGAGUGGACCAAAGCCUGGGCCCUCAAGAACUGCAGGAGUUUAAGCGCUACCUGAGAAACAGACAAAUACAGGCCCAAAGUUCAUCAAUGGGAAAUCGGUGGCAAACUUAAUUAACUUAACUUAAAACCAUAUUAUAAGCAAAUAUCUAGUAGGAAGAAAAACAAGGAAAGAUUAUGUAAGAGUUUGCUGGAGCACUUUCUCUGGUGGUGUCAUUUUUGCUAAAAACCAUACUACCACUUUGAAGUAUCUUAGUUAAAUAGAUUAAUACACUUGAAUUCACUUGAGAACUUUUCAAUACAUGCAAGAAUGGACAUUUUGGUUCUAAAGGGUAGGUUACAACACUUGUACUGUUUAGUAUGACACUGCAACUCACACACAAUGGUAUGGACAAACUGUUCAGUAUUGUCGAUGCUGGGUAAAUAUUGCAAGUAUUUAGUAAACAGUAUGCACAUUCUAGUGUGAGAAUUGAUCCUGUGCGACCUGAAGUCAGAAGACCUUGUACAUUUUCUGUAACAGUACUUGCUGCUAAAAGUUAAAAAUGUAUUAUUACACCCACUACUGUAUUUAGUAAGCCAUUUUAAGGAUUUUAUACCAUAUUUGAAAUGCAACCUUUGUUUUCUGCAAUACCUCAUAAAAUACCUGAUAGUGGCACAAAGCACACUGUGACACUUUUCAGAAAGUAUUAAUAUUGUAUCAAUAUUACUGUGGUUGUAAAACAGGUGCUAUCUUUUUAGACAUGUCUGUGAUUAAUAUCACUGGCCAUUUACAGGACUCUCAGGAUGGACUGUUUCAGUGCCUUCAAACAAAUCAUGGAUACAGUGGCUUUUUAUGUCACUUUAAAUGUACUCAUUAUUUAUGUUUUUUUUUUUUUUUUACUUUUACAUAUGAGUAGUAUGUAUAAAAUCAUGCUGUAUGUAUUGUAAUGAAUAGUUUCAUAUGCACUGGUAGCAAUCAUGAAGAAUUUGAUUGUUUAUAUAUUAAACUCAUCUUUGUCCCCAGAUGACUCAAA